AUGGGUUCUAUUGAAGAUGAAAUAGAAUCUUACGGUGAUGAUGAAUUAAGAAGAGUAAAAAGUUGUAAUAACAAUGUAGUUAAGCAUUAUGCUGAAUCAAGAGAAAGAAGAACAAAAAGUUGGGAUCAAUUAAUUAGAACUAGUAGAGAGCUUAAUAAAGAACAAGAUUGUGCAGUCAUCAAGAAGAUUGAAAAAGAGAAAAGGAUCAGUAUUAUCGAAAAUAAGAACACAUUUGUAGAAGAAAAAGGAAUUAUUAUUACUCUUGGAAAUGUUGAUGGAUCUGAAAAUAGUAUUAUUAAAGAUGAUAAUACUUAUGAAUCUCAUCAAAUUCGAUUGGCUAUAGAGAGAUGGCUUCGGUCUCUUAGAUCUAAUACUAGAAAUUUGGGCGAAAAAACACGUUUCACUUAUCAACUUUUAGGAAAUUUCAUCUUUAGUAAUUGUUAUAAUCUUAGAGAAUUAACCUAUCAUUGGAACGAAGAGUUUAACACCAUCAAUUUAUUGGACAUUACGUCGUUCUCUGGUUUUCGACAUGCCAUUGGUUCUCUUAGAACGUUCAAGUUUGAAUAUUGUUGCCUUCCUACUCAAAUAACCGGAAAUUUAUUUGUUGCUAUAUCUCAAUGUACUCGUAAUAUUCAUCAUCUCUCGAUUAAUACUGAAAGCGAUUUACGUACUGAAAUCACAAAAGCGAUAUUACAAUUUAUACAAUCUCAAUCAAACAUCAAAAUCCUUUCGAUUAACAUGUAUUCUGAUGAAGAUACAAAAACAAAAGCACUAUAUAAAGCGAUCCAAUUUCAUUCUCAUUCCCUAACUCAUCUCAAGUUGGAUGGUGUAAAUGAAUUUAAUCAAUUGUUGAAAUUAUUGAUGAAAUGUAAAAAUUUACAAACUUUGGAAUUAAGAGGAUUUGAUCCUGAAGAUAUUCCUGAUCUUUUUGAUUUACCGAUAACUUUUAUUAAUAUUCGAGAUCUUUAUUGCAUGCCAUGCAUGCCUCUCAGACAUGAUAUUAGUCCAACAAGUCAAAUACAUAUAAUUUCUCUUAUUCAACUCCUAAAGAUGAGCAAUCAAAAUCUUAAAACUUUUACUUUUCUGUCUAAUGUCACACCUGAACUAAUGAAAGCCAUUGAACGUCAUUGUCCAAAUCUUACGCAUUUAUCUAUAGCUAUAUUAAGUGAACAUUUUAUAGAUUUCUAUUCUUUACUUUCAGGACUACCAAAACUUGAAACUCUCUCUUUAAAAAUUUAUCCUGAAACUUUAGUAUCUUCAAUUUUUUCAAUUCAAGAUUUUACAGAUUCUAUUCCACCAACAUUAAAAAGUUUUGGCAUUAAUUUUCAUAUUCCUGUGGAAACUUUGGAAACCUUAUUAUCAAAGUUACAACGAUGUAGUGCAAAGAUCUCGAUGUUAACUUUUUAUAGUAGUCUUAUGGUUACGGAUGAAUAUUUAAGAAUAAUCACUCGCUACGCUCAAGAUUGUGGUGGCCAUUUUCGUGAAUUUAGAUAUGUUACCUCAAGGCAAUUUGGUUCGGAGUCAUUUUCAUCAGAAGAAUUAAAAAAAGCAAAAGGUUCAAUUCCUAUAGUUGGUGUCGCGGAAUCUUUUUAUACACCUUUUUAUG